GUUCGUUGUAGUCGGUAAGCGUCGGAAACCGCCAUGCAUUUGAGUUUAGUUUCGUGCGUUUAGUAAAUCGUCUAUAACUUUCUAACCGUUGCGAAUCUCGUGCAUGCAAACCCACCAUCGUGUUCCUCUCGUCGAGACGAAUCCAUAGCCACCAGAAUCGUCGCAAUCGGAGCUCGGACGAAGCCGUACGAGCCCUCCAAAGUUUCGCCGGAAAUCGCAUCCGCCACCGCCGGACCACCGUUAUCCGCCGCCGGACCACCGCUUCUCCGACGCCGGUCCGCCGCUUAUCCGCCGCCGGACUGUCAUCGCCGCCGAUUUGGAGUCUAUUUUAUCAGUUGGAGUUCAUAGAUACCACUUCUCUUCAUUUGCUAAGAUGCCGCCGAGGAGAGCUACCCGUGCUCAGAUCGCUAGAGAUGCUAGAGAGGCUCAGGAUGCGCAUGUUCAGCCCGCAGUUCCGCAGCCCGUUGCUCCGCAGAUUGAUCAGGAUGCCGUGAGACAGAUGAUUCAGGAGUCAGUUCAGCAGAUUGCCCAAGAGGCAGCCAGACAAGCCUCUCAGGAGGCUGCCCGGGUAGCUGCUCAGGAAGUUGCUCGACAGAUGGCUGCAGCUCAGCAGGUUCCGCAGGGUCCUCAGAUUCAUGUGCAGCAGGGUCCGCAGAUUCAUAUGCAGCAGGUUCCGCCAGUUCAGGUUCAGCAUGAUCAUCAGGUUCCAGCUCAGCAGGCCCCAGCGCCACAGUAUCCGCAGGUUCCUAUUCAGCCAGUUCCAGGGGUCUUCCAGGUUCCACCACCGCCGCCUGCUUUUCCAGUGCAUGUACCCGAGGUUGAUGAGACAUUUAUCAGGGUGUUGUCACAGAUGAAGUAUGUGAACUUGGAGCAUUUCAGUGGUACCACAGACCCUACACUUGCUCACGAUUGGAGGCACAGUUUGGAUAAGUGUUUGAACACUAUCUCAUGCCCACCAAGGCACAAGCUUAGGAUUGCUGAGUUGUAUUUGCGCGGAGAUGCAGCAGUGUGGUGGGAUGGAGUGCGAGUGAUGCACCACGGCGAGAUGACUUAUGAGGAUUUCAUGUAUGCAUUCAACAAGAAGUAUUUUCCAAGAGAAGCUUUGGAUGAGAAGAAGAACGAUUUUGAGAGUUUGAGGCAGGGUGGAAAGUCUGUCAGAGAAUAUGAGCAUGAGUUUCGCCAGCUUCACCGAUUUGCGGGUAAUGGUAUGGAUGAGGAGGAUCUUAUCAGGAGGUUCUUAAAAGGGAUGCGAGUAGAACUUCACGGUAGGUGCAGUAUGGUCACCUAUACCAGUUUGGAAGAUCUGGUAGAAAAGGCCGUUGUGCAAGAGAAAUGUAUUGCAGCGGAGCAGAAGUUCAACAAGGCAGCUCAGCAUAAGUCUGAAGGAGCUUCAGAGUCACAGAAGAGGACAUGGGAUCAGCCGAGUAUCCAGUGCCAUAAUUGUGAAUUGUUCGGGCAUGUUUCUAGAAAUUGUCGAAAGCCACCAGUUACCCAGUUUAUAGCGCCAGGAGCACCAGUAGCAGCAGCAGCAGCUAGGAACUGUUAUGGUUGUAACCAGCCAGGUCAUAUCUUCAGAGUUUGCCCUAGGAGGGGCAAUGCAGCGCUUCCACCACCACCGAAGCGCCUAGCCAUCGUUCCACGUGUGUUCACGGUGGGAGAUCACCAGGGAGCUGAGCCGAUAGCGG